AUGACCCGAAAAGUGUUUCAAUUGAGUAUUGAAUUAGAUUUACAUGCAAUUACUUGUCCUGGCGUUUGGCUGUGCCCAAAUAAUGGAAAAGUUUCAUUGUGUAUAUAUAUGUUUGAUACAUGGCGUGAAACGUCCUUAAUAUAUCCAGUAUUUCCAUUGCUAAUACAUGAAAAAUUUAAAUUUACAAAAGAUAUAUCAAAUGCUAAAAGUUUAUCUGAUAUACAAAAUGCUUUAAAUUCGGAACAUUUAUAUUGUGAGCUAGUUCAAUGGUCAGAAAUACAUCGAUCGAAAGGAAUUAUUUUAUCAAAUUUUAAAACAUGUCUAUCAAAUUUAUUGUAUCCAACAGACGGGAACAAACAAUUAAUUACUGGAGUAGACACAGAAUUGUUAAUGAAUCCAUGUCCACCAUUUCCUGGUAUAAUUGCACCUAAAAUUGAAAUCGCCACACGUACAACAAUAAAAGAAACAAUGAGUAAAUGUACGAAAAAAUGUCCAACAUAUAUUUUAAAUCCAAAAGUUAUACGAUCAGCACAUUGUGGACGAUCAGAAAAAUUUCGACGACAACGUGGUGUAUGCCAUAGCGAUCGCAGCGGACAAAAUGAAAAUCGAUUACGCCCGAGUUCUUUGAGUAAAUUGGAUAGUUAUAGAACAAAACAGCAAUUAGAUUUAUAUGAUACAAAUUAUGAACAAAAUAGACAAAGAAAUGUGAAUUCCAUUGAUGAUAAUAACAAUAAUUACUGCUCAAUAACUCCGUGCGAAUGUUGUAAAAGCCGAUUAACGUCACCAAUACAUCAAUCUCCAAAAUGUGUGUGUGAUGCUUUAGUACAUAAUCGAUGUGUUGUUUGCGAUAAAUAUCAACAUUAUUUCAACGAAGUUCCAUCAAAUAUGGGUCUAGGAAAGGAUGAGAAAUCAACAGAACAUGACUAUUGUAGAGUAUCAUCUCCAAGUCUUGGUCAAUAUCAAUACCAUGCAAGACAAUUACAUGAUAGAGUAAAUAGUGCCCUAAAUCGACAUAAAACAGAAGCUAAGCCUUUCGAAUCAAAAUCGGCGCAUGAUACUUAUAAAAAGUAUGACCCAAAUGAUUAUACCGUAAAAAAUUAUCAAACAGAACCUAGACCAAUUCAUUUUUCGAGAUAUUGUAAUCCAGAAUCAAUUAUAAAUGAUUAUGAUGAGACAUAUUGUGGAUAUCAUAAAUCACGUCCACUCACGUCUAAUUCGGUUGAAGAAAAACGAGUGUAUACGAAUUAUAUUCCGAGAACUAGAAGUGAAGAUUCCAGAAGAGAAAUCUCUAAUAAAAAACCACAAAAAUGUAAAGAAAAAAUAUUAAAACGUACUGCAAAUAAACAGAAAUUCGAUACAAAAUUAGAUUCAUAUCGUAAUGCAACAUUUUCAUCCGUUUAUACAUCGAAUAAACCAAAAUUUCAGGUCCACUAAAGUUCCAGUAAAAUCUUCCAUUGAUGUAAUCAAAAAACUUACGAAAAAGAAAAAAAAUAUUACAAAAGUCUCAAAAAUAUCUGUUCAAAGUGGAUCUAAACCCCCGAUUAAAACCCCAAAAUAUAGUGUUAUAAAAACUGUUAAAAAAUGUAAGAAAAAUGUUAAUAAAAAUAU